AUGUCUCUUUCAAACGAGGCACUAUAUAAGCUCGCGCGAGAAAUUGAAAUACAAGCCGUAGCUGCACAGCAACAGAUUAGUCUUGCUCGCUCUCAGAUAUCUGCGAAACAGCGGGAACAACGUUUAGUGCGUUUAACACUAGGGGAGAUAGAUAGUCUAUCCGAGGGAGCAGUUGUCUAUGAGGGUGUUGGAAAGAUGUUUGCGUUAUUAUCAUUGCCAGCUCUGCGGCAGAAGCUUGAGGGCCAGACAAAUGAAUUGGAUUCGGAUAUAAAAAGGCUGAAUCAACGUCUCUUAUAUUUGGAAACGACCCAUAAAAACAGUCGUGACCAUAUCGAACAGAUGUUGCGAACUUGUUAA